AUGUCUUCAGCCACCACCGGUGCCACCUUACCCACUGGCAUCAAGGUGUUGGCUUCUUUCCCUGAUGUUCUCGUACUCCCUGAAUUUGUUUUUGGUGGCCUGGUUUGGAUCCUGGUGGCUUCUACUAAAGUUGCUGUCACCAUGAGUCAAGGCUGGGUGAUGUUCGUCUCAGUGUUUUGCUUCGUAAUUUCAACAUUGCUUUUAUUCCUAUAUAUGUGUGGAGCCCACUGUGGGAAGUCUGCUUGGGUUGCUGUGGAUGCAUUCUACCAGGUCACUGCUUCCAUAUUUUACUUGAGUGCAGCAGUUUUGCAAGCCUACACUACCUACAUGUUAAGAAACGUCGGGCUACACAAAACCUACCAAAUAGAUAUUGCAGCAGUGGUUUUUGCCUUUGCAGUCACACUGACAUAUGUGAUCCAUAUGGUGUUCUCACUACUGAGAUGGAAAGCCUCUUAA